ACAUGGUUUGCAAAUUCAUUGCACAAGAUUAGAUUUCUACCUAUGUGAAAAUGCAGCAUAUGUCAAUCUUAACAAACCCCUCCACCCUUAUAUAUAGCAUACCUUUGUACUAAUGCAGACCCACACAUAAACUUAUUCCUUUUAAGGUUGUACUGCAUUUCAGUGAAUACAUGAUGAGUUCCUUGGGAGUGAGUAAUAAGCCUCAUGCUGUAUGCAUUCCAAUGCCACUGCAAAGCCAUAUAAAGGCAAUGCUUCAGUUAGCUCAACUCCUCCACCACAGAGGUUUUCAUAUUACCUUUGUCAAUACAGAGUUCAACCACAAGCGCUUUCUUAAAUCUCUUGGACCAAACUCUCUUGAUCCAUUGCCUGACUUUUGCUUUGAAACCAUUCCAGAUGGCCUUCCAAAUUCAGUUGCAGGUGACACCCAAAACACCCCUUUGCUUUGUGAUUCCGUCAGAAGAAAUUGCUUGGAUCCGUUUCGUAACCUUCUUAACAAACUAGAUGGAAAUAUGAUUCCAGUGACUUGCAUCAUCUCUGAUGGUUUCCUUGCGUUCACUAUCACAGCUGCUGAAGAACUUGGCAUCCCUGUAGCGCAAUUCUUUACUUUGUCUGCAAUAGGAUUCAUGGGAUGUAAACAAUUUCCCACAUUGGUGGAAAAAGGACUUGCACCACUCAAAGAUGAGAGCUGUUUAACAAAUGGAUUUUUGGACAAGGUAAUAGAUUGGAUCCCCGGAAUUAAAGACCUCCAUUUCAGGGAUCUCCCAGGCUCUUGGAGAACGACAAACCCUGACAACAUCAUGUUCAACUUCACCUUGGACGCAGUGAAGAGUGUUCUUAAAGCUUCAGCUGUUCUUGUUCAUACUUUUGAUGCCCUGGAGCCAGUUGUUCUAGAUUCUCUCUCUAAGAGUACAUCGGCAUCGCUGCUUCCACCAGUUUAUGCCGUUGGCCCUCUCCAGUUGCUUCUCAAUCAAAUUCCAGAACACCCUUUGAAGUCCGUGGGGUACAGUAUAUGGAAAGAAGAAACAGAAUGCCUGCAUUGGCUCAACACUAAGGCGAUAAAUUCAGUUGUUUAUGUCAACUUUGGAAGUUUAGUAGUCAUUAAACCAGAGCAUCUUAUUGAGUUUGGCUGGGGACUUGCAAAAAGCAAGCUUCCCUUCUUGUGGAUUAUUAGAUCUGAUCUAAUACUUGGUGAAUCAGCAACUCUGCCACCCGAGUUUGUGGCUGAAAUAGAGGGAAGAAGUCUAAUAGCGAGUUGGUGCCCACAAGAACAAGUGCUUAACCAUCCUUCAGUUGGAGCAUUUUUAACACACAGCGGUUGGAAUUCGACCAUUGAGAGUAUUUCUGCUGGAGUGCCUAUGCUCUGUUGGCCAUUAAUCGGUGACCAGCCGAUAAACUGCCGCUAUGUUUGCAACAAGUGGGGUAUUGGCAUGGAGAUCGGUAGUGAUGUGAAGAGAGACGAAGUAGAGAAGCUUGUUAAAGAGUUGAUGGGGGGAGAGAAGGGUAAGAAAAUGAAAACUAAUGUCAUGGAGUGGAAGACACUAGCAGAAAAGGCCAGUAGUCCACUUGGUUCUUCAACCAUAACCUUAGACAAGUUGGUCAAUGAAGUGCUCUUAAACAAAGCUAAUGUUGGUCAGAAGUAACCAAGUUUACUGCUUAGAGGUUCCUGUCUGAGCAGACUACCCAGAUGUUCCCUCCACUACGAAAUUUAAUUGUGAGUUGCUGUAUGUUUUUAUUGGCCUUAGAGUUCCAAUUGUACAGCUUCGUUAACUUUUGAACAUAGUGUAGUGGAAGACCAUAGGAAGUAGGCACUAUUUCCUGUGAAGCAAAAGGACUGCAAGUGUUCACCUCUUUUUUUU